AUGUCUUCUUCUAUCCAGACCUACAUUUCGGAUCUAACUUCCCUCUUUAUCGACAACAAUGAGCGUCUCAAGAGGCUCCCGGACCGGAUUGAGGACUUUAGCCGCAAAGUCAAUGAGUUCUACAUCCUCGUUCUUCAAACUCCCUCCUGCAUAUCCCCGGCCGCGACCACUUCCAAUACUUCCACCGCUUCGCCGGAUGAACAUCCACACACCAGAUCAACCAACAGCAUAGAGGAGAUCAGGAAGAUAACGGUCGAGAUUCAAGCCCUUACGCGCGAUAUCCAAGCUGCCACGGGCAAUAUUCGAACUUUGGGGAGCAAGAAUCAAGAGUUGAUUAUCAGAAUCGAUGCUUAUGCAGGCACUAUUGAAUCUUUGUCGCAAAGUCUCGAUCCUUUUAUACGGGGCUUUGUCGCUUUCGCGCGCAGUGUGCUCGCAGUUUUGAACGCCAUCACGCCCGGAAUCUCAAUUCUCUCCUGUAAUGUCCAAACCCUCGCAGGCACUGUUACUGUAGGCGGCCUCCAUAUUUUCGCAGGUAGUCUCGAAGAACCUCUGUGUCGCGACAUUCAAACCCUUGCAGGCAGUCUCCAGGAUCUGGCGGGGAGUUCCAUAGUCUACUUGCGCAGUGUCAGCGUCUGA